UACUUUUCCCACUUUGUCAUGCCAGCCUUUUUAGCUGCUUCAUCUCUUCAAUGAGGCAAUUUAAAGUUAGGCUUCUCUAAAGAACUUGCAGUAGUAUCUCGAGGCAACCUGACUCCGCAAGGCUGCUUUUCUUUUACCAACUCUCCUAACCAAGCCUCCAUAUAAAAGCAAAAUGGAAGAUCCAUGGCAGAAGGCAUAUGACUUUGCUGUUGCAGUGGCAAGAAAAGCUGGAGCGGAAAUUAGGAAAGCUGGAGAGAGUGAAAUCAGAGUCAUGACAAAGAGCUCCACUGUGGACCUCGUCACCAAGACUGAUGAGAGGGUUGAGAAAAUCAUCAUCGGGUCUCUUAAAGAGGAAUUCGGAGAAGGCACGCACUGUUUCAUUGGGGAGGAGUCAGUUGCCAAAGGCGAGCCAUGUAUCUUGACUGACAAACCUACAUGGAUCAUAGACCCAGUGGACGGCACCACAAACUUUGUACAUGGAUUCCCAUUUGUGGCUGUCUCUAUUGCAUUUGCUGUCAAUAAGGAGUUGGAAUUUGGUGUGGUAUACAGCUGCUUGGAGGACAAGAUGUACAAAGCACGACGGGGGAAGGGAGCUUUCUGUGAUGACGAACCCAUUCAGGUGUCUGAUGUGAAAGACAUUAACCAGUCAAUAAUCAUCUCUGAACAUGGAACUGAUAGAAGCCCAGAAAAAGUGACAAAGAUCUUCUCCACAAUGCAAAAGAACCUCUGCAUCCCAGUGCAUGGGCUACGUGGGUCAGGAACAGCUGCUACAAACAUGUGUUCUGUGGCGACCGGGGCAGUUGAGGCUCUCUUUGAGAUCGGGAUCCACUGCUGGGAUAUUGCCGCUGGUGCAGUUAUAGUCAAAGAAGCUGGAGGAAUCCUCCUGGAUGUUGAUGGGGGACCAUUCGAUCUAAUGUCUCGGAGGAUGAUUUCAGCAAACAAUGAGACUAUUGCUAAACGGAUCAUCAAGGAAAUAGAAAUAUUCCCAGUGGUGAGGGAUGACGUUCCAAUAGAGAAGAAGUGAAGGUGCUUGAUGAUCGUUUAUACUGAAUUUCAAGUCCGCUGCAAAAUGGGAACAAGAAAAGCUCUUUCACUCCUUUGUCAGAAUAAAAAUCUCUUUGCUGUA